AGGGAUCGGCGGAGGGCUCUGAACAGUGUGCGCACGCGCAGUGACCCUAGCGGGCCCUAGCAACCAGAGCAGUGACAGUAGCAACCGCCGGAAUGGCAAAAGCAACAACAAUCAAAGAAGCCCUGGCCAGAUGGGAAGAGAAAACCGGUCAGAAGCCAUCCGAAGCCAAAGAAAUAAAGCUUUAUGCCCAGAUUCCCCCAAUAGAGAAGAUGGAUGCCUCCUUGUCUAUGCUUGGUAACUGCGAGAAGCUUUCACUAUCUACAAACUGCAUUGAAAAAAUUGCCAACCUGAAUGGCUUAAAAAACUUGAGGAUAUUGUCUUUAGGAAGAAACAACAUAAAGAACUUAAAUGGACUGGAAGUAGUAGGGGACACAUUAGAAGAACUGUGGAUCUCCUACAAUUUUAUUGAGAAGUUGAAAGGGAUCCAUGUAAUGAAGAAAUUGAAGAUUCUCUACAUGUCCAAUAAUCUAGUGAAAGAUUGGGCUGAAUUUGUGAAGCUGGCAGAACUGCCAUGCUUGGAGGACCUGGUGUUUGUAGGCAAUCCCUUGGAAGAGAAAUACUCUUCUGAGGGGAGCUGGAUUGAAGAGGCAAGCAAGAGAGUGCCCAAACUGAAAAAGCUGGAUGGUACCCCAGUAAUUAAAGAGGAUGAAGAAGAAGAAAACUAACUCACAUUUUUCACUUUCUAUUAACUUAUUUAAAUAUUAUAAAAACAAUAGAUAAGUUUUGUAUAAUUAUCUAUUUUAAAGAUUCUGUGUGGGGCAAAAAGUUCUUAAGAAGAUAAAACAGAUCUCUCAUUCCCAUCUUUUUCUUUCUUAAUUUACUCAAGCAUUGUUUCUCUCCAAAACUGGUAACACUAACUUCAUAUAUUCUAGCCUUCUUUUUAGAAACUACAAAUUUUCAACUUCUGUCUUUAGUCUCAGUUAUGUACUUUGUGGCCCCAUCUACUGAAACCUUUAUAGACUAAUUGUUUUUAACAACAAAGGAACAAAUGUGAUUGAUUACUAAAUUUGUUUAGAAUUUUUUUUAGGUCUGGCAUUUUAAAAAGUAUACUUGAUUUUUGAAUCUGUGGACCAUCUUUCCUGGAGGUUCGUCUCCUUACGAUUCAGAAGCACAAAGGUGUCUUGCCUUUGAUUCAGAAGGUAGCAUGUUGGUGGGAGGAGCUACUCGCAUGAACACAGCAGCAACCCUAGGACCAAGAUCCCCAAAUUCAAUUGGAAAAGCUAUGGUGAAGAAGAAAAAAUUAAUAUCUUGGAGGCCUUCUAUCCCGUUUUGUAUUUAUUUAUUUGUUUUUUUCCAAAAAUGUGUGCAUUAUCAACUGGAAUUUAGGUUGUGUUUACCUGCAUGGCCACUCGAGUCAUUGUGCACAGUCAUUCUGUAAUAUAGGUUGGUGGCUAAGUGACUGUCAUGAUCAUUCCUUUUCCAAUAAUGUGGUCAUGCUACUCAUGUGGACCUGGCCUAGGCACUUUUUUGGUUUAUAAGGCAGUAGCUAUAUUUGAAUUCCUGGCCUAAAUGCUGGCCAGUGAUAUAUGUCAAAAUUUGCCCUAAUGACUGGUUUGGUGACCCUCAUUGUUGGGAAAGUGAUUGUUAUGGUUAUAAGGGUAUAGAACUUAAAGAUUGGAUUUGGUACCUUUCAAUAAAUGAAACCUAGAAUUUCAAAAUAUAUUUUUUAAGAAGUUCUAAGUUAAACAGUUCUUAAAAUGUAUUAUGUAAGUGUUGUGGAGGGAAGAGAGAAGAGAUGUUUCAUUAUGGGAUCCCAGGCAAAUGGCAAUAUUUUUGAGGAUUGCCUUCUUGUCAAGCAUUGUAGGUGAUUUAAAUAGAUGCAGAGCUUAGAAUUUAUCAUGAAAGAUAAAAAAAGUUUAUGGUAUUUCUCUUUUCUGGAAAAUGCAGGACACUGUAGUGAGUAAUCAGAUGAAGACCAUAGCAGGCCAUGUCACUAUCACUAAUAGAUUGCAGAAAAGAAGUCAGGAGCCAUCUGCCAAAUUGUGCCUAAAGUCCUUAACCAGAAACUAUUAAGAUUCUUGUUUCCCCAUCUAAUUGUGUGAUUUUACUUGAGUAAAAUCACAGUUAAAGAGGGGACAGUCAUUUUUUUAAAGUGGUUGCAUAAGUUGUCCUGGGUUUCAGUAGUUUUCAGCUAUCACUUAAGUAGGAAUUACUUGAUUUCUCUAAGAGUCCUUCUGAUCAAAAGGGACCACUGCUUUGACAAUCAACCCUAAAUACAAACAGUAAGUGGAAAAAUUAGUCCAAUGCCUUUUUAUCUCCUUUUAGCUCUUCCUUAUAAUCUAAUAAAAAGUAAACCUUUACUCUGCUCUCACCAACUUACACAUUCAAAGUCUUUGGGCAUUUCUUUUGUGAACCAUGAGUCUUCAUUCCCCUUGGUGAUAUUUACUGCCCACUAAAGGACAAGAGGGAAGGUGAUCUUCUUUACUUGUAGUUUGCACAUCAUCCAGUAGGCAAGCUCGAAGCCAUAUUCUAAUGUGUGGGUACAUUUACUAUAAGUUACCCUGGAAGUGAAUUUAAUAGGGAAUGGAUGACUUCAUAAUGAUUUUAUUUGUAAAAUGGCUUACAGUUUCAGCAUUUGAUUUUUCUGAAUUCCGUAAUACAGAAACUGAUUUUCUCCUUGUUUAUGAAUGUCUUUUAAUCACUGGUAGUCCUCAGGAAAUGUAAGGUGCUUUCUGUUGUCAGUUUCACACAAAAUUCCUAUUCAUUUCCAUUCAACAAAUAUUUGAUGGCCUUCGAUACAUCCUUUUCUAAAGCCCAAACACAUGCCAUUAGAAAAUGGAAGUUAGGUGUAUGGAGAAAUUCAGGAUAUUCUCUCAAGUCAUUCCUCAGAUCAUCCUUCACUGCAUAAAUUUGGCUGAUAUUAAAUGCCUUUGGUUUAUACCUCCUGGGUUAGAUAUUUGAGCUACUUGCAAUGGAUACUCUUCUGUGCUCUUGUUUUAAGCAUUAUGCUAUUUUAGUGUGGAUCAUUUAAAUUUCUUCUAGUCUUAAAAAUGAUGGCAGCACUCUAGAAUUAGCCCAGUAUUUUCAUCUUCCACAAGAAAUUUGAUCUAAGUCUACUAAGGAAUUCAACUUUUCUAUAUUCCCUAACUCUAACUUUACUACCUGGUCAGGCUUUGAAAGGUUUUUGUGUUCUUUGUUGAUAGGAGUUUGUUCCUUUAAACCAGAGUUUCUCAAAUUUGGCAGUAUUGACAUUUUGAGCCUGCCUGAUAAUUCUUUGUUGUGUGGGCCAGUCCUGGCUUCUACCCACUUCCCAGUUGUGAUGACCGAAAAUGUCUUCAGAUAUAGCCAUCUGUCCCCUGGGGUGGGAGGACUUUGCCCCUAGUUAAGAACCAAAUGCUUUAUCCCAACCUUGCUGUUGUUCAGGGACAAUUCAUCUUCACUGUGUAGCCAUAUGUCACCUGAGUUUUUAUCAUCUAAGAGAAGGGGAUGUACUUAAUAAUGAUGGAUGGAAGGAAAUGACACUGGUGUUUCCCUUUUUUGUAAUGCUCAUUUUUAGAACUUUACAGAACAUUAGAAACUCAGGGUUAGAAGGUUCAACUUAUCUUUUUUCAGCAGGGUCUUUACUUUCAUUUCUUAGCAUUCUUGCUUAAGACAGUGAUCAUUAACCUACCUCUUCCUCAAUAGCAUCAGAAUCCAACUUUAUCAUAGAUUUUGCUUUGUCUCUAAACAUUUUGAGUGUACUUUAGAAAAUGAAUCAUCAUUCAUUAAGUAUGAUUCAGUCCAGUGAUACUUAGAUUUGUGUAGACUGUAACAUCAUUAAAUACAUAAAAAUAUUGUGUAAAAUUUGGUAAGCAUGUAUGAAAGUUAGCUGCUGUAGGCAUUGAUUUGAGUAUGAUCAGAAGAAUGUCUGUCUAUGAUAACUGGUCAGUUUACUUGGUAUGGGUACUAGAUCCAUUCCACAAAUAGAAGUGGUAAAAAGACACUUAAAUAUGGUUGUGGGCAGAAAUUUUACUUGAAUAGGUGCCUCUUCUGAUACCUUUUAUCAGUGUCUAAAGCAGAAUAAGGAAGAAUAAGAAAAAUGAAUCUUGACUGUUAAUUUAUUCUCAGAAUUGGUGAAGUGUAAAUAGAGUUGAAGACAGUUAUCUCCGUAACCCAGAAUCUUCCACCUUUCAUUCUUUGGACUAAAUGGAAAAAGUGUAGGGCCCAGAAAAGUUGGAUUCAUUCACUUUAAAAAGUUGGGGGAGUGUUCAAAGCUUUGAUCAUUAGUAGAGCAGUUAGUGUCUUUCUGACUGCAAACUAUCAGUUCAAAGCCCUUUAUACAUUGUUAAGUAUUGUUAAAGGUAGAAAACUGCUGAACUGCAAGUUACCUUUUACCAGAAAUUUAUUCCUUUGACACACGUUUUCUUUAUUUAGGCUGCAAAAUGUCUGUAAAUAAUGAACUAUAAGACAAGAUUCAGUGUAGGAGGGUUGGUGCUUCUGAUACAGAUAACUUGACCAUAUUCCUUUAUCCUCACUCUCUGUAGCAUGUCUCAUUGUUUUCUUUUUGUAAAAUCAUAAAAUAGGUGCAAUAAGAAAAUAAGGAUGUUUAAAAUCACUGAACUCUUUGAAAUCCCUUAUCUAUGUAACUAUUCUGCCUUUUUAUAAACCAGUGACUGUAAAGGAAGAAAAAUGAAAGGAAAGUCUUACUUUUUUCUGAACUAAGAUAAAUUAAGUAAAACUUUUUACUUGACACUUAUUUGGAGAUGACAUUAACUGGAUUCUAGUUAUUUUCUCAUUUUGGACAGUUUAAAGGGGAACCAGUCAACCAAAUUUAAAAAGGGGGUAAGGAAGAGUAAACUAUUUUUCAGCAGAUUUGCACUUUAAAAUUAUGAACUGGAUGUUGGUGGAAAGUACUGCCAAAGGGCAGAUGGAUUAAGUCACCUAGCCUGCACGUGAAUGUUAGAGUCAAACCUCACAUGCUUGUACUAAGCCUAUAGGAGCAGGAGCUGUCAGCACAAUCAGAGUUGGGAUUUCCGGCUUUCCCUACUUGGGGCUAUCUCCCCAUCUGCUACAUCCACAGUCGUCCCUCUGGAGGAUGUGUCAAGUAGAAUACUCCUACUCAGAAUAGCAACUUUGUGAGAUAUAUUUUCCACAUCUAGAUUUUAAAAAUUUACUUAGGUAUUGGAUAAAUUAAGCUGUGGCUGUUAUGAGUGGGAAGUUCUUUGCUUCUUUGAUCAGCGGGUGCCUGCCUCUGAGGUGCUAUUGCCUGGAGGAAUCAAUCCCAUCAAAAGACUGGUGAGCUGGAAGUGGAAGAGAAUAUACAUAUAGCCAGUUAGUUCUCCCAGGUUGCAGUCAUGAUCAAGAGCGUCAUUCCACAAUCUGGCUUUAGAACCAACACCAAUCUGAAGAACAUUUUAACAUCUGUUAAUACUUUGGUAAUAAUCUUUUAUACAAAGGCAUUUUGUAGCAUGACCUUACGACUAAACUUAUUGUGUGUUAAAUUAUUUAGAAUUGUUGAGUUUCAGAAUGUUAUUUUGUGCGACUUAUUUUAAAAUAGUAAUAAAUUGUGUUAUUUUAUAUAAAAAAAAUUGUAUCACUUUUGGUUACAUGACUGUUAGUUUUAGCUGAUAUAGAGCAACUCUGUGAAUUUCCAGUGAUACUCAAUUCUGAUGAAAUUCAGCCUUUGGAUAACAUUUUUUUCCCAGGCAGUUUUUAUGUGUGUAAGGGAGAGAGAAAAUGAGACUCAUUUCUUUAUGCUGAAUUUUUUUUUUUUUUCCUUCCCAGUUCACUACUAGUGAUAAUCUCCUCUCCCAGGUUUGUCAGCCUUCUCCAAAAGCUCUUUGGGCACCAUUUCAUAAUUAUUAGUCUCCUGGAAAGCAAUUACAGGGACAGCAAAUUACUACGGCACUUGACCAUUCCUCCUCUCCUCACUUCCAUAAUGGCACAAAGUAAGGGUUAGAUGAUAGGCCUUUGAAAUGCAGUCUCCUGGAAAAUAACCUGACCUUGACCAGCCCAUUUUUGAUACACAAGAAACAGGAAGAAUCCUUCACUGUCAUGCAACACUACACAUUUUGCGAGCACAUAUUCUGUUGUAUCCACUCAAAUAUAAUUGUGGUCACAGGAAAAGAUUGUAACACAGUUUCCAUUUCUUUGGUUAUAAGGAUACAUUUCUUGCUGCUUGACCUCCCUUAAAAAGCAAAGUUUAAUUUCCGAGCCUAUAAAGAGAAACCUUAGUUCAGAUCAUAAAUUGUUCAUUAUUUUUGGUUCAUUGUUUCCUAUAACAGAAGAUGGACAGCUAGGAUCCUGACAUUGUUUUUUAAAUAUUAUAUAUUAUAUAUAGUAAAAAUAUAUAUAAAGUUAAAUACAGUAAUAAAAGUCAGAAUCCUAGGUGAUAUUCCCCCCUCCAAUGAUUCAGUCAACUAUACAGCUAUAAAAGGUAUCUCUCUCAGUACAGACAUAGAAGGAUGCCUAGAACAUACUGGGAAAAAAUAAAG